GCAAUUUCAACAGAACUUGAUUCGAAAUGAACGUGUUUUUAAUUUCACUGUUGAUUGUCACUUUGGCAUUGGCAAAUAGUUUUGCCAACGUUGUUCCAUCAAAUGAAGAAAAGAAUCUCUUGAAUGAAUCGACAACUCUUCUCGAAACAUCUAAUCUGACCUCGACUCACAAUGAAACAACUCUGGAUAUGACUGAAGCUUUGGCUGAGCUCUUAACUGCCUACAAAAAGAUUAUGCCAUGUGGCAAUGCUAGCUUAGGUGUCCCUCCAACGGCACCCUUCCGGAACCCUUCUGUCAAGCUUAAUUUCAGUGGAGAAUUUUUAUCCGUUAAAGGUGAAAUUGAUAACCUGGUCAUAGACGGACUCGAUGACUUCCUAAUCGUCCAACUUGCCCACAAAGCCUCUUUGAAUCACACCGAAAUGGACAUUCUCUACAAAAAUAUCCAGAUUUUGGGUAAAUUCAACCUCACCAUCGGAGCCGAUUUAGCCGGAUUCAAAUAUGUCCAACCACUUGAGGGUUUCAUUAACUUCCAAGUUCUGAAUAUGCGCACAACCUUUGGUAUGAAUAUUGGCCAAAAUGAAGUCGGUGGAAUACAAUUCUCGAAUUUCGAAUAUACCUUACAAGUUGGUGAUAUUGUUGUUAAUAAUUUGAACACUAAAUGGAGUGUGGCUGUGAAUAAUUUUGCCAAUCAAUAUAUUCGUGAUUUUUCAAUGUUGUUCCUUCAAACCAACAGAGAGAUGUUCGGUAAAAUGUAUUCGGAAAGUUUUAUGGAAUUGGCUAAUAAGGCACUCUAUAAUGUUCCAUAUAGUUAUUUGGGUUCAUCUAUUGUGGAGUCUGUUAAGUUGUUGAAGUCAAUGGAAUGUAAGCAGUAAAUUGCUCUUUUUUGAAAAUAUCGAUGAAAAUAUUGUAUUGAAGAAAUAAAAAAACAAAAGCCGAA